AGAGUUACGACUGUACGAGUACGGGAGACUCAGUCUAUCUCACAUUCUCAACUCGGUCAAUCUCAGUCGCUGCUCUCACCUCACACACUCUCGCAAAGCUCUACUCUCCAGACUCGCUACGAGUACGACUACGACAACACAAACCCGACGGCUGUAUUGCAGUAUUGCUUCGCUAUCUUCGUUUUGGGAAAGAACCAUCAGUCGAACGACGGGGACUGUCAGGCAUCAUUCCCCUCCUUUACCUCAGGUGGAAGGAACUACAGCACUGUGAGUCUGUUAAAUACGGGACUCGUUAACGAUGGAACAAAGCGUGAAUGUCAUGGAAGAGACGAGUGGGUACAACGGCAAUGACAUAAAGAGGGCUAAGUUGCAAGCAACAUUGGUCUUUCUCCUUGACGAUCCUGUACUUGUUGAUGUUCCAAAGAAGCCCACCUUAUCAGAUGUUGAGACCCUCAUUAACCUCGAAUUAGGUAGCGCAAUGCGCAUCUCUGUUCUCAAGUUAGACGGAACCUCCUUUGAUGUGGCGGUGAUGAAUUCUGCUAACGUCAAGGAUUUGAAGCUUGCUGUCAAGAAGAAAGUCAAUGAAAUGGAACAAUCUAAGAUGGGUCAUCGCCAAAUUUCAUGGAAACAUGUGUGGGCAAAUUAUUGUCUAUCAUACCUUAAUCAAAAACUGAUUGAUGACUACUCGGCACUUCAGGAUUUGGGCAUCCGCAACCAUUCUCAGGUGCAAUUCCUCCCCUAUGUUGUGACGAAGGAAUCUCGAAGGCAUUCUAAGAGGAGGAGAAAGCACCGUUUCUUUCACGGCCUUAACAAGCGUGGGUGAAGACUGUUAUAUUACUUUUAUCUCUUGCAGUUUUCCAGUUGUUUGGAUCAUUUUGUUUAUAUAUUGAACUAGCACUGUCGAAGUUCCUGCUUCCUGUUAGCAAAGCUAAAAUCUUGUUUAAGCUCUCUCACUAAUCCCUUCUAUGUGCAGUAGUUUUUGUAUGGAACUCAGUACUUUUUUUACACUUCCUCAUUGGUUUGAUUUAGUAGAUGCAAUAACUGAUUUGUUA